UACACGAUGGUAUUAGAUUUUCACAUGCCCUUGUUUCUGCUUGCACGUCAUUUGAAUAGUGUUUUGUAAUAUAGUGUUGUCCUGUUGUCUAUACAAAAUUUAAAAUUUUUGCCAAUUUUUUUGGAAACAGACCAAAUUUUUACGUUACCAUGUUGUAGGUAGCAAAGCUCACUCGAUUCGUAUUGAAUAAACAAUAAUAACCGUCGAGUGAUAUUUUAAUUUGGUAGGUAGUGUAUUUUUAGAAACGAUCAUAAAUGUCCCACACACGUUGUUGUGACGUAGUCAACGUUAUCAGUAUUCUAGUCAAUCGUCAGUAUGUCAACAAGAUAAAAAGGUUCCGAGAUAUGUGGUCUGUAAAAGACUGACGCAGCAGUUUCGUUGGUCUCGUGUCCAUUUGACAACUAUGUAUAAACGAGCACUUUCACUUAAGUAGGUAGCCUACCUACUAUAGCAAUUUACAUAUUUUUCCGCUCUGUAUUAUAAUUAAUUCAUUUAUGCUGAAGAUAAACCGAAAGGUUAAUAACAAAAUAAGUACAGUUCAUGAAAUAAGUAAAUGAAUCAUGUUUGUUAGACAAGCUAGUGCAAUUUUAAGAAGAUAUAUAAAAACUAAUCAAAGGUUAAAAGCAUUUUCAACGACUUCUUCAAGUAUCGACUAUCCCGGUGCCCAAGUAAUAUGGUCGGACAAAUUAAGUUUCACAAAUUCGCAUUCUUAUGCACCAAUCCCAACGUAUCGAGUGCUAAAUUCUCAAGGCCAAAUAAAGAACGCGUCUGAAGAUCCUAACCUGUGUAAGGAUGUUCUAGAAAAAAUGUACAAGGAUAUGGUCCUACUAAAUGUUAUGGAUAAAAUUUUGUACGAAUCACAAAGGCAAGGCAGAAUAUCAUUUUAUAUGACCAACUUCGGGGAGGAAGCUACACAUAUAGGAAGUGCGGCCGCAUUGUCCGUUGAUGAUUUGGUGUAUGGGCAGUAUCGCGAGGCUGGUGUUUUAUUGUGGAGAGGGUUCACCAUAGCCGAUUGCGUUAGUCAAUGCUACGGAAAUAAGGAAGAUGGAGGGAAGGGAAGACAAAUGCCCGUGCACUAUGGCAGUAAAAAAUUAAAUUUUGUAACUAUAUCAAGUCCUCUUACUACUCAAAUGCCGCAAGCAGCCGGCGCAGCAUACGCUUUAAAGGGAAAGAAUAAAGUUGUGAUUUGUUACUUUGGAGAAGGGGCUGCUUCCGAGGGCGAUGCUCAUGCUGCCUUGAAUUUUGCCACCACCCUAGACUGCCCAGUUAUAUUUUUUUGCCGCAAUAAUGGUUACGCCAUAUCAACUCCAGCAGAUGAACAAUACAGAGGUGAUGGUAUUGCAGCGCGUGGACCUGGAUAUGGCCUAAACACAUUAAGGGUUGAUGGAAAUGACGUUUUCGCAGUGUACAAUGCCACUCUAAAAGCGAAAGAUUUUGCGCUAUCUCGAAAUAAGCCAGUGUUGAUUGAAGCUUUAACUUACAGAGUAUCGCAUCACUCAACAUCGGACGACAGUUCCGCUUAUCGGUCCACGGAAGAAGUCGCACAUUGGGUUACUAACCAAAAUCCAGUUAAUAGGUUUCGAUUGUAUUUGGAACAGAACAACCUUUGGGAUGAAGGACGGGAACAAGAAUGGGCAAAAGAAUGUAGAAAAAAUGUAUUAACCGUAUUUGGAGCAGGCGAAAAAGAAGCAAAACCUCAUUGGAAGGAAAUGUUUACAGACGUUUACGAAGAAAUGCCCGAUCACAUAAAGACGCAGAUGAAUCAAAUGGCAGAGCACAUAGAAAUGUACAAAGAUAAAUAUCCAGUAAAAGAUUUUUCAUAGUUGGUAAUCAUCUAAAGAUGUUCUGUGGAAAUGUUGCCUAUAUAAACCUUAAAUUAAUCUAACUCGUUUCCUUUGAUUGCUGUACUUUUGUAGCUAAAGUCCGAAGACAAGUAGACAACAAUUCGUAAAUGUUGUACGCUGACGUUGGUCAUCGCCGGAAGUGAGGAAAUUAAUUCCAAUGAACGUCAAACUGACAUUUUAGGCGUAAAAACAAAACAUUGUAACUUCAAUAGAUUAGCAUUGUCCAGCC